AUGCCAGAAUACUCAGAGCUCGCAAACUGGGACGGCGCGCUUUCUGAUCCUCCAGACGCGCGCACGGACCGCAGCCCGUACUAUCGCUAUCCGCCACAGAGCACCGGCGACGUGCCCCAGGUGCCCGCCGCCCGGUCCCAGUUCACCGAUGCUCGCAGCUCAUCGUCCCUCCAGCCCCGAGCGUCUCCUCUGCCCCGCAAGUACGCGCCAUCGUAUCUCAGUCGGCCCACCCCGAAACCUGUUCAUGCCCAUCCUCGUCUCCCCUCAUCCCAGCCAACCGCUUCUUCCUCUUCCACAGCUCAAUCUCUUGUCUCACGUCUGCCUCCGCCAGAACCUGCCCCCUGGGAGCACGACCCGCGCAUGCUCGCCGCUCCCAUCAUUGACUUGACCGAUCCCGACCCCGACACGCCCAACCACGCGCACGCCCCGUCCUACCUCAAUACCCUCUCCACGCACGACGCCUCUACCUCUCUCCCGGCUCCCGAUCUCCCGUGGAGCCCUUUCAGAGGCCCAGACGGUCCUGCGCGUCCGUCGGAUAACCCAGCUGGCCCCCAGAAUGCGCUGGCACGGGCCCUCGCCGACCCUCCCCAACGCGACCCGUCGCAAGCGCUUUCCCACGCCGCCCACCAACCUUCAAGCCCCGUCGCGCGACCUCCGCUAAACAGCACCCCCGACGACGAGGCCGCGGCGAUGCUCGCCGCAAGCCUCUCCGAGCGCGUACGCCUCCCUCUGUCCCGUCCUGCGCCCCGCUCCGCCCCCAUCUCUCACCCUCCGCACCUGCCUCUCCUCCCCGAUCAGAUAUCGCCCCCGCCGUUCGCAUCCCCGCUCACUCCGCUCGCCUCGCUCGACACGUCCCCGGCAUCCACGCACGCUCCCGUCGCCGUCGCCGCUCCCCUUCGCCGCUCCCGCCGCCGCCGCCGCCGUCCCGCGCGCCAAGUCCUCGCCUACGUCGCGGUCCCGCCGUUCCCAUCAGGCACGUCCGCCGCCGACUACCACCCGAUGCCCGACGCAAUCCCCGCGCACGCGCACGAGUCUUUCCAUGCGGCGCCCUCGAAAGCCGGUAGACGAAAACGUGCGCGCACGGAUCUGCACGACGGCGACGCGCACGGCAGCCCCAAGAAGAUCCGCACGGAAGACUCGCGCGCCGCUCCCUGUCCCCAGCCCAAGCCCAAGCCGCGUCGAUCGCAUGCACAAUCGGCGCAAGGCCACGCUGCGUCCGCCUCGACCGCGCCGCCGCCGCCGCCCCCGUGCGCCACGCCCGCAGAAGACGCAACCCUGGUCGACAUCUUCGACCUCGACGCGCCGUACGCGCACCCCGUCGCUGCUCUCAUGGUCGCGACGCGCCACAUCCGCGCGGCCAUGCCGCCCGAGCGACCCACGACGGCGUUGCCACGCGCAUCUAGCGUCGCGGGGUCCAUCGAGCGCGCGCAGGCGCGCCCCACGGGCUCUGGCGAUGCUGUUCCCACCACGGGCAGCGAGCACGCGCCCUGUCCAGACGCGGAGGAGUUCAUCGCACCCGUACCAGCACUUGCCGCCGCCGCCGCCGCCGACACGUACACAUCCGCGCCGCACCCGCCCCUCUCAGAAGCGCUGCCCCCGCUCGACCUGUCGCACCACCCCACGCACGCGUUCGACGACGCCGGAGACGUCACGAUGGCCGACCACUGGUCGCUCGACGCGCCAUACACCGGAAUCGGGGCCAUCGACCCCGCCGAGCACGCGCAGCCGCACACCGCGGGCUUUGAUGACGCUGUGCCCGCCGCGGGCACAUGGCACGCGCCCUGUCCAGAUGCGGAAGAGCCCGUCGUACCCACCGCCACCGCCCAUGCGUACACAUCUGGGUCCCCUCUGCUCCUCUCCGACGCGUUGCCCACACUCGGUCUGCCGCUGUACCCCGCGCACGCGUUCGGUGGCGGCGCCGGAGACGUCGCGAUGGACGAUCUCUGGCCGCUCAACGCGCAGUACGCUGGAAUCAACACCAUCGACCCGUCGCUGCUCGGCGGAGCACCCGCAGAGCCGUCGCACCACUCUCCCGCUCCCGCGCCUCCGACGCCCAGCGCGCUACGCUCUCCGGGCUCUCCGGGAUCGCUGCGGUCCUCAUCAGAGGCGUCGGACGACGUGCCCUUGGCGCUGUACGCACAGCCCCGCGCGCGUGCGAGGAUCAAGAGCGCGGAGCCGUCGGAGCGUAGCGAGCAGCCCUCGCCCGACCCGUCCGAGCUGAGGCUCCAAUACCCCUCUUCUUCUCCCGCCCGUCAGGACGAGGAGUCUGACUCCGACUCUGACAAAAGCGAGUUCGAGCCUGGGCCUGCAGCGCAGAAGCGUGUCCGUACAACGGAAGGCGCGAAGACCGACAAGGGCAAGGGCAGAGAAACCCGCAUCGAAGGACAGUCGUCGAAGCGGGGGCCCCGUGCUACGGCCGUGACAUACGCGCAAGACUCCAGCUUCUGCCACCACUGCCGCAACACGACACACCUCGCCAAGAUGGGGUGCACGAACGGCAUGCUGAGCGGCGAGCAGUGCAAGAAGCUGUUCUGCUGCCGCUGCGUCCAGAAAAGGUACCCCGACGUCGUGUUUGACGCGAGCAAGUGGUUCGCGAGCUGCCCGUACUGCCUGGACAUCUGCAACUGUUCCGUGUGCUCCCUCCGGCGGGGGGAAGCUUACCUCAGGGAGCGCGACGGCGGAUGGAAAAGGUGGGGUCGCGAUCGUGACGGCGGCGGGUCCAUCUCCUACGUCCCAGCGCCUGCUGGCCACACGAGCGCGGCUGUGGGGCCCACGACUGACACCGCGCCCUCGGUGGUGCCCGCCGAGAGGCUCUCAAUCGCUGCGUACCCGAGCGGGACGUAUUUCGGCACGGUCUACGGGCUGACGGGGGAGAAGGUCGGCGCGGCGUUCGUCGGCUCCGAUCAAGAGGAAGUUGUCCUGCGCAUCGCCGAGUCACCCGCGCCCGCGCCUCCGGCACCCUCGAGCAGCAAGAAGGCGACCACGACACACGUAUUCGUUGGGAAGCCGCGCAAGGCGUGGGGGAAGGUCCGCGUUCGCGAGGUGGACGAGCACGGGAACGUCGUCAAGGCGCGGCGCCGGACAACGAAGAAAACGGGGACACUGUACAUCGGGAGCGCCGAGCCGCUGCGCGCGCGCUGGAAAUGGCGCUCGCUCAUGGCGCCGAUGCCGGAUCCGUUCUCUGACUCUCCUCUGGCGUCGCCGACCAGCAGCGAGCUGUCGUUGCCGGGGCCGGACGAGGACGAUGGCGAUGGCGAUGGCGGCGCGUGGCCGGGGGAGGUCGUUCUCGGAGAGGACGCGGGGUUAGGGGAGGUGCCGGGCCUGGGGCUCGAUUUGGGCUUGGUGGGGCUGUCUGUGGUGGUGCCCGAGCCGGUCGUGCCAGGAGUUGCUCAGGAGGCGUCGGGGAUGCAAGGAGCUGCAGUUGGACUGGCGACUACUUUUGGGGGGUUGAUGAGCGACCAGGUCACGUUUGCAAUCGCCGCAGGCCUUCGUGCCCUUCAUGCAGCUUGA